CGCUUUCCCCUCCGCCCAGCGCCUCGCCCCGGCUCCGCUCGCCAUGAGCUUCCUCUUUGGGAGUCGAUCUUCGAAAACCUUCAAACCCAAGAAGAACAUUCCCGAAGGCUCCCAUCAGUAUGAACUCUUGAAACAUGCAGAAGCAACUCUGGGGAGUGGUAACCUUAGACAAGCGGUUAUGUUGCCCGAGGGAGAGGACCUUAAUGAGUGGAUCGCCGUUAACACGGUGGAUUUCUUCAACCAAAUCAACAUGCUGUACGGGACCAUUACGGAGUUCUGCACGGAGGCGAGCUGUCCGGUCAUGUCGGCAGGACCAAGGUACGAGUACCACUGGGCGGACGGCACCAACAUAAAGAAGCCGAUCAAGUGCUCAGCUCCAAAGUACAUCGAUUACUUGAUGACGUGGGUGCAGGACCAGCUGGAUGACGAAACGCUCUUCCCUUCAAAGAUCGGCGUCCCUUUUCCCAAGAACUUCAUGUCGGUGGCCAAGACAAUCCUGAAGCGGCUGUUCCGCGUGUACGCCCACAUCUACCACCAGCACUUCGACUCCGUCAUGCGGCUGCAGGAGGAGGCCCACCUCAACACCUCCUUCAAGCACUUUAUCUUCUUUGUGCAGGAAUUCAACUUGAUCGACAGGCGGGAGUUGGCUCCUCUGCAGGAACUGAUUGAGAAGCUGGGCUCCAAGGACAGAUAAACUUUCCCUGGGAGGACCCUUUCGGCCACUCCUUUCCGCUUUGUACGCCAGCCACUUCUACGCUUCGCCUUCAAGCCCCAAGAGGCCAGACAGUGUUCCGAGUGGCAUCGGUCUCGGAGGCCAAGCAUCGCUUCUACUGUGUGGCCGCAGCCUGUGUUGUUUUAACAGUUGUUGGCUGCCCUGUGGUGACUUGCCCCAUCUAGUCCACUUGGUUUUCUAGGCUGUGUGCUCAAACCGCCGUCUGGUUGAGGAUGGGACUCGGGACUCGGAGCAGGUUUUGUUUCCCGCAGGCAUGGGGUGAAGUUCAAGUGCUGCACGGCUGCUUUCUACUCCCGGAGGCAGUUUUUCCCUCUGGCCCCCACGGACACAGCGCUCGGCCUGUGAGCAGCCCAGAGUGUGCUUCCCCUGAGCAACAGCAGAGCGGUUCAGCUUAUUUUUUUUUUUUAAGUGCUUUUUUUUUGGAUGAGGUGCACUUAGAGCCUUAAGCUCCCCUUCAGCAGCGGCAGCAGCCUUGUGGGGGGAGGAAAAGAAGUGCCUGGCCUGAGGGGAGUCUGGCCCUGGGCUGGAAGAGCAGCUCUCCGGUGUUUCCAGCAUGGUGGGGGGGUGAGGGAGGGACCCUACUGUGUGGCAAGGCAAUA